AUGCCUGCAAAGGCUCGUCGCGUAGCUGUGAUCGGUGCUGGCCCUUCAGGUGCCAUCGCAGCAGAUGCUCUGGCCAAAGAGCAAGCGUUCGAGAUCAUCAGAGUAUUUGACCGGCGCCCUGUCAUCGGAGGAACAUGGGUGCACACUCCUCACUUGCCCCCGAGAAUCCCCUCUUUAAGUGAACUCUUAGAGGGCAAGGCAGAUAAGGCUGUGCCAAUCCCGGCCGAGCUGCCCGCGGAGACCCCAAAGUCCGAGGUUGUGAACGACCACCAACUGCGCUACUCGGACUCGGCCCAGCAUGAGCAUCUGCAUAGCAACAUUAUCCCUGAAAUCAUGAGCUUUACCCAGGAGCCAUUCCCGGACCAACUCUCUGAGCGGACUCUCCGGCAGUAUGGCCCGGGUGCCCCAUUCCGCCACCGGGAGACAAUUAGGACCUGGGUGGAGAACAUAUUCGUUAAAAAUGGCACUGAAAAGUUGUUGGAGCUCGGUACCACGGUCGAAAGGGCCGUUAAGGAAGGUGACGAGUGGGUGCUAACGCUGCGGAAGGAGGGCGCUGGGAAGGAUUAUUGGUGGAGAGAAUGGUUCGAUGCGCUGGUAGUAGCAACUGGCCACUACAAUGUCCCUUGGUUCCCGGAAAUACCGGGACUGGCUGAGUACGACGAGCGAUUCCCAGGCAGGAUCAUACAUAGCAAGCACUUUCGAGGUGCUGAUAAGUUCAGGGGAAAGCGAGUUAUCGUCGUUGGCGGGUCAGUCUCCUCACACGAGGUGCUCCAUGAAAUCCUACCACGGGCACAACAUCCGGUCUAUGCAUCCAUCCGCGGAGAGCCUAUCCCUGCUUUUGGCUGGGCGCCGUUCAAACACCCGCAUGUUGCCAUCAAGAAGCAGAUCAGCAGCCUGGACCCGUUGACGGGAAAGAUCUCCUUUGCCGACGGCAGCGAGCUGAACGACGUCGAUCACAUUGUGUUUGGAACGGGGUACACCUUUUCCAUGCCUUGGCUUCCUCACGUCCAGGAGCGAAUCAGCAAGGCUUAUCGUCGCUUGCCUGGGGUCUAUCAGCAUACCUGGGACAUUGAAGAUCCAACUCUCACAUUCGUUGGCAUGCUUGGAGGAGGAUUCACUUUCCGUGUCUAUGAGUGGCAAGCCGUCGCAGUCGCUAGACACCUCGCGGGUCGAGCCAAUCCUUUGCCACCGACGGCGGAGCAACGUGAUUGGGAGGAGCAAAGGGUGGCCAAAUUCAAGGGUGGAAAGGAUUACUACUCAAUUGCUCCUGACUAUGGCUCGUACCUGGAGUUCUUGAGGAACAUAGCAAGUGAACCCAAGCCGGGGACCACCGGCCGCACUUUGCCACCUUUCGACAAGAGGUGGCUUGAUGUUUGGACGGGCAUGGUAACAUACAAAAUUAAAGGCUUCGAAAGGGAUGCGAGAAGAGCCGAAGAGGAAUUGAGCAGGCCGAAGCCUCGUCUAUAG